AACUGGAUCUGGAAAGUCUUUGGCACUCAUUAAUGCAGCCAGUCAAUGGAUCACUUUACAUCCGACUUCGAAGGUUUAUUAUUGUUCGAGAACUCAUCAACAACUCGAACAAAUCACCAAUACCAUUAGAGAAGUUGACCCUAACAUACGUACGGUGCGACUUGUUGGUAAAGAGAAGUUAUGCCUUUACAAUACACCAGCUGGGGGUAACAUGGCCAAAGUCUGUAAAUGGAUCAAAAGUACACAUUGUUGUUAUUUUAAAAACUUGGGAAAAACACAACCACCGGUACAAAGCGAUCCAAUUCUUGACGUAGAAGAUUUGGUAACGAAGUGUUCCGAAUUACAAAUAUGCCCUUACUAUACUAAUAACAGUUUUGUAAAGGACGCAAAUAUCAUUCUUUCUCCAUAUAAUUACAUUUUGGAUGCAUCGAUACGUAAAGUUGAUUUGCACGAUUCUUUAAUUAUAAUAGACGAAGCUCAUAAUAUCGAAAGUGUUUGUAGAGACAGUCUAUCUUUUGAAAUAUCUAUAACAUCUUUGCAAUCGUAUAAAAUGCAAGUGUCUAAAAACAGUUAUAUGUAUAAUUUUUUUAACAAAUUAAUUACAAUGUAUGAAAAAUUCAAAGAAAUAGCUUGUAAAAAUAAAUAUUAUAUAAUAACAGGAACUGCGUAUUUAUCUACGUUAACGAAACAGGUCAGCUUAGCUAACAUACCUCAAUUUCCACACAAUCGCAUCCUAAAUCAGUUUAUUGAAAAGUUUCAGCAACAUGUGUCAAAUUUAAACAAUUUCAACGCGGAUUGUUUUCGCUUAGUCGUCGAGGCUGAUUUGUUUAGAAUAAUAAGUCUCGACCCACAACACGCUAUGAAAUCGGUAGUGGAAGUAGCGCGGACUAUAGUUCUUGCGUCUGGGACACUGUCACCAUUUAAUUCGUACGAAGCCGAAUUGGGAAUGAACUUUAAGCAUAAAAUCACGGGAAAUCAUGUGGUGCAUCCUGAAAAUGUUUACAUAAGACGUAUUUCACAUUCUAUUGACGGUAAAAUACCCUUUAGAAUGACAUAUGGUGCAUACAACGACAAAACGGUAUUAUCUGCCAUUGGGCAGCUAUUGUUAAAAAUAUGCGAAUCUAUCAAAGUGAACGAACAGUGUAGAUUGGGUGGUUGUGGUGUGUUAUGUUUUUUCCCAUCCUACCAAUCCAUGUUAAAGUGUGCACAAGUGUGGAAGAAUAUAAAUCCAGACGUGUGGACGUCUCUCAUGGCUACUACAAAUGGAUGCAUCUAUUUCGAAAGCAACGACGAGACCGUCCAUUCACACGUGGAAUCCGUGGCCUGUGGUGAAGUGUCUAUAUUGUGUGCAGUGCAUCGCGGAAGAAUUAGUGAAGGCAUGGACUUUGCCGAUAAUUUGGCACGCGUUGUGGUAUCCAUCGGAAUCCCCUUUCCAUCUAUCGUGCAAGACGACGUCCGUCUCAAAAUGGAAUUCAACGACACUACAAAACCUCAAGUUCUCAACGGUCGUGAAUGGUAUCGCAUCCAAGCUAUGAGGGCUGUGAAUCAAGCCGUCGGACGAUGCAUCCGACAUUCGAAAGAUUGGGGGGCCAUGCUGCUCGUCGAUCAACGCUUUCUUCAAUGCGACACUUGGAAGGACAUGUGCAAUUGGAUCAAGGUCAUGGAAAAUGGACGUCCGGCUGGCAACACUCGCAAGAAUGGUGUAGUUCAAGAAUUAACGAAAUUUUUUAAGGAUAAAGAAUUGAAAUAAAAA